CCAUCCAGCUGACAAGUGACAGCACGAAGGUCAGAACUCAGAAGCGAAGCAGAGAAGGGAAAGCACAGAUUAAGAAAGCAAGAACGGCCAUGGUGGCUACGAAAACUUCAAAGUCGAGGAAAUCCUCUUCUCUUCCUUCUUCUUCUCCGGCCUCCUCAGCUCCCGGUGAAACACCCGCCGUCGACUCGAACCGGAGGAUGGUGUUGAGAAUUAAAUGCGGCGAGGGAGCGAGGAAUUCCAUUAGACAAGUUACGUUGAGCAGCGAGCUCGACAGGAAACUGACUGGAACGAGUUCCAUAACGAAGAAGAAGCCGAAGAAGAAACUCGACAAGGUCGACACUAAAAUGCCCAAGAAGCCGCCAACUGCCUUCUUCUUUUACUUGGAAGAUUUUCGCAAAGACUUUCGAGAGCAGAAUCCAGAUGUCAAGUCCAUGCGUGAGAUUGGCAAAGCAUGUGGGGAGAAGUGGAAAACAAUGACAUAUGAGGAAAAAGUUAAGUACUAUGAUAUUGCCACCCAGAAAAGAGCAGAGUUUGAAAGUGCCUUGAAGGAUUACACAAAGAAAAAGGAAAGUGGUGAACAGGAAGACACUGAUGAUGACUCCGAAGAUUACGUCUAGGGCUAUUGUAUUCAGGUACCAAUACUUCAGCAGGCACAAGCUAUUAAGUACAGGGAUAGAGAAGUUGUACAUCGCUUUUGUGAUCAUUACCUUGUUGUUUGUGUAAAUGGGUAGAUGAUUUGUUGUGCAUAUGACAACUAAUUUGGACUAUCAUUGAAGUAAAUGGAAACAUAGUUUUGUAGGGGUGACAAGGUAAAAAAACCAUGUGAUUACUUAAAUCAAGCCUAGUUGAGACUCUGGUGUUAAAGUGUCCUGAAUUCAGUUUUCUCUGUAGGAAAUCCUCGUGUCACUGCCUUCUUUUAUUUGUGUUCCUUUGUCAAACUUCUCUGUGGUGAAUCAAUAGAUGGCUAAUCUAUAUCUCCCUAUUCUAUUUCAUUUGUGUUUCUAUGACAAGCUUCUCUGUGCUGAAAUAGGCAUUCAUAGAGGAAAUUAUCUCGUUUCUGUUGUACCCGGCUAUCCAUACACACACACCAUGGUUGUUGAACAGAGCACUGUUAUGUUACACUGACGUUUUUUUCGUCAGCUAAGCUACUUCUAUCAGCUGAAAUGCCUAAAGAAGCUGCAGUGCUUCUUACUUGUGCAAUCAUGGCAACUACAUCAUUAAGCUUGUUGAUAGCUGAGCCCACACCCUGCAAUCACAUUCGCAAUGACAAAACACUCUUUGCGUUAGUUCUCCCCUCGAUUAACAUCUCUGGAAUCCAAGUGUCAGAGCCGUGGAUCUAACGAAAUGAGGCUGGCUGCUAAAUACGUACCACACCAGAGGCUCCUGCCGUGAUGGCCAUUGGCGCGGUUACUACACUGAGUCCAGAUGAACACAUCACAGGGAUCUUCACCACUCUCGAGAUUGGGUAUGCCGCUGCUAAGUUGCCUGUAAACAAUAACCAUCAUUAUUUCAAACUGCAUAGUUGGUUAGACAGAUGGUGAGAGUGACGAGCAGCUUAUGAGUACGUAACCUUCUCUAUCAGCCCGAGAAACACCCUAUUUUCGAAGGAUUUGCGCGAUGUCUACACCUUCCUGUUCCAAUAGCUCUGCUAGCUUGAUCUGUGUGGUCGGCCAUUGCCAUGAAUUGGCUUAACAAGGGAAACGAAUACCAGAGGAGGACCAUUAUAUUGAUUCAUGUAC